GGGAGUGAACGAAACCGUUUCCCGCCGGCGGGAGCUGCGGCUGUGUCUGAGCAAAGGGCUCGGAGCUGCACCACCAUGGCGGAACAGCUGUAUCUGGAAAACAUAGACGAGUUCGUCACGGACCAGAACAAGAUCGUCACCUACAAAUGGCUAAGCUAUACGCUAGGAGUUCAUGUUAACCAGGCAAAACAGAUGCUCUAUGAAUAUGUUGAAAGGAAACGGAAGGAAAAUUCGGGAGCUCAGCUGCAUGUUACCUACUUGGUGUCUGGCAGUCUUAUACAGAACGGACAUUCUUGCCACAAGGUUGCAGUAGUGAGAGAAGAUAAAUUGGAAGCAGUGAAGUCCAAGCUCGCUGUGACUGCCAGCGUCCAUGUGUACAGCAUCCAGAAAGCUAUGCUGAAGGACAGUGGGCCUCUGUUCAACACCGACUAUGACAUCCUUAAAAGCAAUUUGCAGAACUGCAGCAAGUUUAGUGCUAUACAGUGUGCGGCGGCCGUCCCCAGAGCUCCUGCAGAAUCCUCGUCUUCCAGAAAGUUUGAGCAGUCAAGUCUUCAGGCAGCAAGUGAGACACAAGCCAAUGAACUGACCAUCAAUGGCCAUGGCCCACCUGCCUCCAAACAGGUGUCCCAGCAGCCCAGAGGAAUCAUGGGAAUGUUGCUCUCUAAAGCUGCUACUAAAACCCAAGACACCAACAAGGAGACUAAAGCAGAGGCUAAAGAAGUAACAAAUGCAUCUUCAGCUGGGGGCAAAGCACCAGGAAAAGGAAAUAUGAUGAGCAACUUUUUUGAAAAAGCAGCUAUGAAUAAACUUAAAGUCAGUUUGGAUCCAGAACAAGAAGUGAAAGAAGAAAAAACAGUGGAGCAGCCUCCGGUGUCUGUCACUGAAACAAAGCUGGCAGCUCCCACAGCCCUGAAGAAAUCCAGCAGGAAGGCAGAGCCUGUGAAGAUGCAGCAGAAGGAAAAAAAAUGGGGGAAGCGAGUAGACUUGUCUGAUGAGGAAGCCAAGGAAACGGAAAACCUGAAGAAAAAGAGGAGGAGAAGAAUCAAGCUUCCUCAGUCUGAUAGCAGUGAAGAUGAAGUCUUCCCAGACUCUCCUGAAAUGUAUGAAGCAGAUUCACCAUCUCCACCUCCUCCUGCAUCUCCACCUCCUGAGUCUGUGCCAAAACCUGAGUCUCCUCCCGUCAAGAGUUCAAGUGGAGAAAACAAAAGAAAACGAAAGCGUGUACUGAAAUCUAAAACCUUUGUGGAUGAAGAGGGCUGCAUAGUGACUGAAAAAGUCUACGAGAGUGAAUCAUGCACGGACAGUGAAGAAGAGGGUAAGAUGAAGGUGGCGCCGGUACACAGACCCCCGGCCGCUGCAGUGAAAAAGGAGACCAAAGAGGAGCCGCGAAAGGGCCCCAAGAAAGGGACCGCUGCUCUGGGCAAAGCCAACAGACAAGUGUCCAUUACUGGCUUCUUCCAGAAGAAGUAAAUGCUGUCCCUGGCAGGACUUGGGGUGGUCAAGGGAGAAGACCAACAAGUAUAGACUGUCACUUACUGUGUAAGUUUGCCUAGCUCCUUGCCUCAUCUGUAGCAAAAUGCUGCACUGCCAUCACUUGACACUUGGACUAUUUCUAGGUUUUUUUUUUUUUUUUCUAACCAAAAGGGAGUCACCUAGAAGCAGGAGGCAAAAGAUAUUUUAAAAGCUGUUACAUUGUAAUGAGUUUAUAAAGCACAAUUUCUGACCUGCCUAGAAGGGCCCCACUCACACCAUGUUCCUCUUCUGGUCCUCUGUAUUGUGUGAGCUUGUGUGGCAGUGUUUUUAUUUUAUGAAUUCUACUGGAUGUUUUCACCACUUCUCACUUUCCUCUCCGUGCCGACACACUUCUGUUCCCUGACCCCGCAAAUCUGUUUUCUGUAAAACUUUUAAAUCUUGGUCAGACAAAAAGCUAAAACUAAAAUCUUCUGUAAUCCCUUAUUUCUGUCAUAUAGCAAGUGAUACUCGGCUGCAGGCAGACCACAGAAGCUCUCCAGAGCUUUGCUCACACUCAGUGGUUAGGACAGAGCACAAAUACCAAACCUUACCAAGAGUCAGCAUGGCAGCCACUGGCAGAGCUGCCGUGUUAACACAGGGUACACAGUCUACUCUUGUGUUCACGGUAUCUUUCUCCCAAAUACAUUUCCAGUCUCAAUACCUAGAGAGUGGAGCCAGUACAGUGAGACAGAGUAAAGGGGGAAGUGGCAGUGCCCAUCCCAGGGAGGCAUGGAGACCUAAGGCACACAUUAGGAGAUGUUGCUCUUCUGUGUUUUCAGGUCCUCCCGUUCCCCGAGCAGUACAGGCUGCCCAGGAAGAGAUGGGGGACUGGCUGGUUAUAGGUCUAGACAGUGAUGAAAACGUUGGCUUUUGUGCCUUUAUUCUGAUAAUGGCUUCAAGCACCUUCCAUUAUGGCUGGGCAGGAGGUGAGAGCCAUCUAGGUUGUGUGGCAAUGGCUUUGCACGGAGUUGUGGGGAAGGGAGCACAGACAUGACUGCCCAUGUGAUUCACUCUCAGCCGAUGAGGGGUGUCUGACCCAACCCUUCCACUGAGGCCUGGCUUGUGUCACAGAGAUGUAAGCAGCUGCCUACUAUUGGAAGUUAGGGUUGGGACUGACCUUGGCAUUAACACAGCUGCUUUAGCAACCAAGCAUGGGCUUGAUUAGGACCAGCAGCUUGGGAGAUGAGUCCUGGCCUUACAGCGAAGACUGGAGAGCCGAGGCUUUGCACGUCAGCCUGAGUAAAGGCUGGCACAUGCCAGACUUUUUUUUUUUUUUUUUUUUUUUAAGUGGAAAAGAGUGGAAUGCCUGGACUGAGGCUUGACAAGAAGCUUCUGGAGAAGAGUCCCUUGUUUUAAGUGGUUAUUUUUGUCAUCGCCUCUGGCUAUUUUUCCAAAUGGGAAUGGAAAAGUACAAGGCAACAAUCCAGUAUUCCUUAAAUCUGAUUAUGGAGGGAUUUCUAAUAAAACCGAGUUUGAAUUGGAGCUCUGGUGCAAUCUGGGGUUCUCCUCUCAAGGGAGAGUACGAGUCUCUGGUCCCUGCACUCAGCUCCCCACCUGAGUUUGGAACUGCCUGCAGAAGCUAAGCAAUCAUCGCGUGGUGAUGUUUUCUCUCCGUUUUAUACAGCACUCAACCAGGUUACCCACGAGUUCAAUAAAUUCGAGAAGCCGUUUUGAA